AUGGUACACCUUGUGGCUGUACGGGAGUCAAUCACGGCAAGUGGCUGUGCUUGUGUCUUUAUCGACACCAUCUUCCGACUUCAUGGGUUGUCCCGUGAACUCGUAUCAGACAGAGAUCCACGAUUCACUGCUGAUUUCUGGCGCUCCGUGUUCAAAUCACUCGGAACGCGCUUGAAGAUGUCUACAUCUGAUCAUCCAGAGUCAGAUGGUCAGACGGAACGUGCCAAUCGUGUCUUCGAAGAGAUACUUCGAGGAUACGUACACUCCUUUGAGAGUUGGAGUGAGUUCUUGCCAAUGGUAGAGUUUGCCAUUAACAACUCGGUACGUGCGUCCACGACACAUACACCGUUUUACGUGAAUGGCUUGCGCCAUCCGCGUGUACCCACCUUACUCGAGUGUAACUCUGGUUUAAGGGCUCGCGCGAGCAAAAACCGAUUUGGUUCACGCUCAUCACGCUCUGACGAUGAGGUCAUUGCGUUUGAUGCCGAUAUCGAUGUUAUCGAUAUCGAAGAAGAUGAUGCCAGUGAGAGUGCGGAAGCCCUCACUGAAGAAAAGGUUGAUGUUGCUGCAGUGCGCUCACAGCGCACUCAAGCUAACGAGUCAUCAGAUGAGUUCAUACUGGCUCGUGAAACGGUAGUCCGUUUUGUGCAAGAUUCCAUCGCCGAAGCGGUGGAUAAGUAA